GGAAAGCAUGUAAUAUCGAUGCGCAUCUGUCCACCAGAAAUGCAAACAGCGCCGCCAAAAGUGCCAGUAUAGCGACCGUUACGAUUGCAGUCGCAGAUUGCUAAUACUUGCACAUUUCCUAAAACGAAAAAGGUGUCCUCUAGUAAAAAAAUAAUGCCCGUACCCUGGACGUCCGGGAAAUAAUGCGAUAAGGUCAUGCCUCCAAUAUAGCUACAUCAUAUGCUUGUUCUUUAAAGCUUUUACGCUGCUCAUCCCGGCGGUGGGUGUGUACACGGUGGCCCUGACACCCAGGACGUGGCAGCAAGUGCGUCGGCGCUCGGGGAAAUUUGUAAGAUGAGUGCGUCAGGAAUGCGUUAAUCGGUUGAGUGCAGUGAUUGCUUUUUUUCUAGUUUGUAGUAGAUUAACCACAGUAGCUGCAAUACCGAUUUGGAAAUGAGCGACGAAGAAGAAGUCCAAGAAUCCGAUGCGGAUGAAAAAUAUCGCGGAAGGAACAAAGGAAAUGUGAAUGUUUGGAAGAAACGCAGAACUAAGGCGCACAGACCAAGACGAUCGAAGUCAUCUCCGAAAAAGCCAUCCCCGCUGAAGCGUAAGUCAUGUCCUGCUCAACGUGCAACACUGAAGCAAGAGCCGCAGCUCACUUGGCCGACAAAACCCGUAUGUCCCAAAUCCGCUGGAAUAUUUCCACGCAAGAGUAUGUUAAAGCCGAGCGCCAGCGAUUUCAGUUUGUCCUCUUCGACGUCCAGUGAAACUGAUAAUGUGGAUGUCGUGGAGGAGAGAAGACCAACGCAUCAGACCUGUCAUAAAAGUUGCGGAGGCGUGAAACCGCACACGCAAGACGAACUAAUUGGCCGGCGCGAAGGCGAGAACGAUGAUGAUACCGGAACCGUAAACACAAACGGAAACGAGUAUCCUAAACCGGCAAAUCAGGCUAUUAUGGAACCGGAUGUUGCGUCCAAGGAAGCGGCCUCGCGGGGACAGGGAGCGUCGUCGAAUAUAGGGCGUAUGGUCAUUCACGGGAUCAACGCUGGAGGAAAAUCCAAUUCGUCAGGGGGAAGCCGGCGGGGAGGCACCCAAAGUGGUAGGGGGGCGCGCCGGCCCGUGGACGAGCUGGUCGGAGUACGGCAGCGCUGCCGCGUCGACAAGCAACCAGCAAGAAACCCUGCUGUUAAUCCGCACUCUCAUUAGCAUUUAUGCGGGAGAUGAUCCUUCUUAUCUGCCGUGUUGCGAUGACAGGCUGAUUUGGAUGCAUGCACGAGUAUGUUGUGUGCGUUGCAGUUUUGAAAUUUUGAGUGCUUUUAGAAUGAAUGCUUGCUUGCUUUUCUGAAUGCUUUUGAUCUUUCAUGCGCAUUUCUAUGUUUACUUCUCCCAAAUAUUUUCAGUAUUAUUUUUUAAAAUUUUUCCCAAUCAUUUAUACGUUAUGUUUUCUGUUUAGCCUGUUUCUCGAUGGUUUUCGGAUUUAUUGUAGAACUGGUGGCAUGAACUUUCGUUUUGUGGUGUCUCAACAAUAAAAUUUUUGUGAAUGG